AUGCUUGGACCGAAAGCAGCGGUGCUUAUUCUGGUCUUUCUCUAUGUAGCCAUACGCCAGCUGUGGGAUCUCACCUACCGGAUCUUCUUCUCGCCGUUGCGGAAGCUCCCGGGUCCCUGGAUAACAAACAUUUCCAGCAUCCCAGAAGUAAAUGCACUGAAAGAGCAACGGAGAACAAAAUGGGUCAACAGCCUCUUCGAGCAGAACCCCGGCGCAGUGGCAGUCCGGACCGGCCCGAAAGCGGUAUCGUUCAAUCAUCCGGACGCCGUCAAGGCGAUAUACGGCCAUGGCAAAGGCCAAGAUGAGUUUGGAAAGUCCAGCUGGUACGACGCCUUCUCGACGACCGGCGAAUCGCUCUUCUCCACGCGCUCAAAGAAGCGGCACGCUAUGAAACGCAGAAUGGUAGCGCACGGCUUCAGCGCUCAGAGUCUGCAGCUUUUCGAACCAUACGUCGAUCUCACGCUGGAAAAAUUCAUGAAGCGCAUGGAUGAGUUUGCGCGGACUGAAGAACCUUUUGACAUAUACUUCUGGUUUGAGCUCUUCACCAUGGACCUCAUGGGCGAACUUGCCCUAGGCAACAACUUCGGCGUCCUCGAAGCAGGCAAACCAGCGCGGUACUCCACGCUCGUAGAACUGUCGCAGCGCUUCGGGAACCUAAGCGGCGUUCUCCCAUUCGGAAAGUACAGCAAGAAAAUACUAAGCUGGGUGCCCUUACCAUACGUCCAAAUGCUAUGGAAAGCGCGCGUAGAAUAUCUAGAGUAUGCCCGCCACGCACUCGAGAAGCGCUUCCAGAACGACCGCGCACAAGUGAAGCAGAGUGGAAAACAAAGACAAGACAUCAUGCAGCGCUUCAUCGAAGCCUCCGACCCCGAGACAGGUCGAAAAAUGGACUUCGACGAGCUGCGCGCUGAAACAUCCUCACUCAUGUGCGCAUCUCACAUUCAACCCAACUGCACAUCACUAACAGCACCCCAGGGUCGCAGGCGCAUCCACAGGCAGCGUAACAAUGAACUGGAUGACAUACUAUCUCUGCAAAAACCCCGAUAUCAAAACCCGCCUCGUCAACGAAUUAGACACCAUGUUCCCAAACGCAAACGCAAACACAAGCAAAUAUCAACCUCUUCCAUACACGCAGCUAAACACCAUCCGCCUCCUCGAACACUCCGAAAUGGAAUGUCUCCGCCUCCACCCCCAAUCGGCUACGCCAUGCCCCGCGACACGCCCCCUCCGGCGCCCUCAUCUGCACCCACUUCAUCCCAGGCGGCACCGCCGUCGGCGUCCCCGCCGCCACCAUCGGGCGCAACGCCUCCGUGUACCCCUCCCCAGAGUCCUUCCUCCCGGAUCGCUGGACAACCCCACCCCGAGAUGAAGUCUUGUUUUCUAGCUUCGGCGCGGGAAGUCGGCAGUGCAUAG